GAUCUCAACAAACAAAUUUCUCUUUUCCUCUGCUUUAGGAAAUUCCUCCAGGAACAAUGGAUAACAUCCUUGCCGUAGGAGACAGUAAGAGAAGACCCAAGACAAAGAUCGUCUGCACCCUGGGGCCGGCUUCAAGGUCAGUUGAGAUGGUAGAGAAGCUUUUGAAGGCGGGCAUGAACGUUGCGCGCUUCAACUUCUCUCAUGGCUCCCAUGCAUACCACCAGGAAACCCUGGAUAAUCUCAGGACCGCCAUGGCCAACACUGGAAUUCUCUGUGCUGUCAUGUUGGAUACCAAGGGACCAGAGAUAAGAACAGGAUUUUUGAAGGAAGGGAAGCCAAUCCAACUGAAGCAGGGUCAAGAGAUCACCAUCACUACAGACUACAGCAUAAAGGGAGAUGAGAAUCUCAUCUCCAUGAGCUACCAAAAACUGGCUCAAGAUUUGAAGCCAGGAAGUGUUAUUCUGUGUUCUGAUGGCACAAUUAGCCUCACUGUCUUGGCCUGUGACAAGGAAUCGGGUCUGGUCCGUUGCAGGUGUGACAACUCUGCUCUUUUGGGUGAAAGAAAGAAUGUCAAUCUCCCCCGGGUAAUCGUGGAUCUUCCAACCUUGACGGAGAAAGACAAGGAGGACAUCUUGCAGUGGGGGGUCCCUAACAAGAUUGACAUAAUUGCCUUGUCCUUUGUUCGGAAAGGAUCAGAUCUUGUUGAGGUCAGAAAGGUGCUUGGAGAGCAUGCAAAGAACAUCAUGCUAAUGUCCAAGGUGGAGAAUCAGGAGGGUGUUAUGAAUGUUGAUGAGAUUCUUGCAAAUUCAGAUGCAUUUAUGGUGGCAAGAGGUGAUCUUGGGAUGGAAAUUCCGAUUGAGAAGAUUUUCCUGGCUCAGAAGAUGAUGAUUCAAAAGGCUAAUAUACUAGGAAAGCCAAUCGUAACAGCAACUCAGAUGCUGGAAUCCAUGAUAAAAUCUCCAAGGCCUACUCAGGCUGAGGCCACUGAUGUUGCCAAUGCAGUUCUAGAUGGCACUGACUGCGUGAUGCUCAGUGGAGAAACUGCUGCUGGAGCCUACCCAGAGCUUGCAGUUCAAACCAUGGCCAGAAUCUGCCUGGAGGCAGAGGACUUCAUAAACUAUGGAGAUCUCUUCAAGAGAAUAAUGGAAACAGCACCAAUGCCAAUGAGCCCCUUAGAAAGUCUUGCCUCUUCAGCUGUUAGGACUGCCAGUACCAUUAAAGCAGCCAUGAUUUUGGUCCUGACCAGGAAAGGUUUCACAGCAAAGCUGGUGUCCAAGUACAGACCAAGUGUGCCAGUUUUGGCGACAAUCAUCCCUGAAAUAACCACAGAUUUCCUUGAGUGGUCCUGCAGUGAAGAAUUUCCUGCAAGGCAUUGCCUUAUUUACAGGGGUCUGCUGCCUGUUUUGAGUUCUGGGUCAGCAAAGGCUUCUUACUCAGAGUUAACAGAAGAAACAACAAGGUUUGCCCUUCAACAUGCAAUGGAAAAGGGACUCUGCAAGGCCGGAGAUUCUGUGGUUGUAUUGCAGCCCGGUGUCAUUAAGAUUAUGACUCUGGAUUAUUGAUCAUAGAAAAACAGAUGCAGUUUCUAAUUUGCAAGGAUUCUUUCUUGAUUAAUUUUUGGGUAAUAGGGCAGUGACGGAUUAACAAAUUCAUUGAGAAAUUAUGCUGCUUUACAGUUUUGUUAAUGAAAUUAUUUAGCUUUU